CGAGUUUGAGAUUCCGAAGAAUAACAAUAUGAGUCCCGAUCGAAUGGCAUAUUACAUCGCCUUUCGGGAGGAAAAUGCAGAUGAAAUACGGGCUCUAUGUAUCAAGAAAAACUGUCAGAUCUUUAAAGACGCUUGUCAGCAGAUAGAGAGGAUGUUGCUAGGGGCAGCAGAUACUUCAGCAGUCGCUUUGGAGAUAUUAUCUGGCCUGACACGCACGCAGAUAGUCCUGGUCUCGUGUGCUACUGUUGUUGAAGUACAAUGUUUCCAUAGCGUGACUCGCAGUGCGGACUUGAGGGAUUGGACAGAGGAGGAGAGAGAAGCUUUCGUUCGCAAAUUUACUUCCUUUGUAGAUGGAUAUUGGGACCAAGAAAGGAUACUGAACGAUUGGGAGGAGCUUGUCAAGGUCCUGUUCGACAAGGUAUGGGAGAGGUUAUCAGGGCUGCCCCUUGCUUCGAGCGGGUAUCCGUCUGUAUGGGCAGGAGUUGAGAUCUGGUCGAAGUUGGACAGGCUUCCACGAGAGACUGAAAUACUGAGACUUGAAUUGGUGAUUGAUUAA